AAUAAUUUGUGCAAAAUAAAAAAAAUCUCUUUUUAGGCGGAAUAAUGAGCAAGGUUCUGCAUACGUGUAAAUUAUAUUAUUAAAAUGAUCUAAGUUUUAUUUCGUCAGCUUUUUCUUUCAAUAAAUACAAUACUGGCUUUUUAGGAAAAACAUUGACAAUUUAUAUAUUAAUGAACAAAAAGAAGAAGAAGUUUUUUUCUUCCAAUUUGAUGUUUUUAUCGGGCAACAUUGUAUGUGUCUACGCUUCGAUCAGAAAAUCUCUUGCGGCGCAUUUUAUGGGAUUUUUUGAUAAAAUAAUAGAAUUUCAUCAAGAAAAUUAUCGCCUAAUUCAUCUCAGUUAAGGGAUGGAUUCGGAAGAUUCAAGAGGUGGUGGAACUGGGGAUGCUCAUUCUUCUUCGAGUAGUAGCAGUUCCAGUUCAAGGAGUAGACGAAGCUCAUCCUCAGAUAGAAGUGAAACUUCUAAGAAAGAUGUUAAAUCUCCUCCUCGAUCACCACCAAGAUCACCGUCUUCACCAAAGUCUGAGGGUCCUCGGUCACCUUCUCCAGAGAGCAGAUCCCAGUCACCAUCAUUGCGAUCUCGCUCUCCAUCAAAACCACCACAGUCACCUGGUAACUUGAGUGAAGCACAUUCUGACAUUAAUUCACCAGAAAAUUCAAUGCCAGGAUCACCAUCAGGUUCUAAAUUACCUGAUGCUCCUAAAUCACCCAGUGAUGCUGGUUCUAAUAUCGGAUCACCUGAUCGGACUGGUCAGUAUUCUUCAGCUCCGCCUUCUCCUUCUGUUGGUGAGGGUCCAAAGACUCCACAAAGCCCGAGUUCUGCUCCUGGUUCACCUAGUUCUAGAUCCCGUCCAGAUUCAAAAUCUCCAUCAGAGAGAAAUCCAGAUGCACAUUCCCAAUCCUCUAGUCCAUCACCAGAUAGGGCAUCGUCAAGGUCUCCAGUAGGAUCACCACAACCCACAAAAAAAGAUUGGAGUCCAAAAGAAAAAUGGAGGAGACACACUAAAGCAGAACAGAAAAUGGUUCCCAUGAUGAGGGAACGCAGUAGAUCUGAGUCCAGUCAAUCCAGUAGAAGUUCUUCUUAUAAUAAAAGACGUUCUAGCACAAAGGAUCCUGCUACUGAAGAAAUCUCUGAUGGUGAAAUGGAAUCAGACCAAGAAGAUAGAAAGUCACGGAGUAAAUCUGUGACAAGUGAAAAAAUAGAAGCAAAGGAUUUGAAUAUAAGCCAUGAAGACUUAUCGGAUGUCUCUGAUUUAGACUCUGUUGGACCAGAUGAUUCAGAAAAAGAACCAAAGAGAAAGGGGUUUGCGGGGGGUAACCCUGCAUCACCUGAAAAUAAACCUGAGACAAAUGUAAAUGGCGUCAAUAUUGCAAGUGCUCAAUCGUCCCCUAAAUCAGACAAGGGAAGUCCAAAAAUAGAAACACAAAAAUUAGAAAAAGUACCACAAGAAAAGACAAGUAAUACUGAAGAUGGUGAAGAACAGCUUGAUUUUGAAGCAGAGGAGGGGGAGUGUAUUGAACCUAAACAGUCAGAUCAGGCCAAUGGCGAUACUGAUACCAAAGGACAAGAAAAAGAUGACGUGAAGCCCAGUCGUCGGUCCCGUGGAUCUUCUUUGGAGGAAGGCGAAGUGUCCGAUGAAGCGGAACGUCGCCCUGAGGAAAGUGAGCCUCGGCCUAUGCUUCGUAUAGCCAACAAGCGUAAAGAACAAGACAUGGACUUCGAAGAAAAGAAGCUCCACUUAUCCGUGGGUGGUGUUGUCCAUGACCCAGACGCGGAGUUGGCCUAUGCUGCCGCCGCAGUGGGCGCUUCGCCCCCGAGGCUGACACAUGAAGUACCACAUAGGGAUCCGGAGGCUUUCAACAGGGAAAGGGGAUACGGUCCAAUGUACCGCGGUCGAUACAUGAGACCGAUGGACGAGCGCGAGCGUUUCUAUGAACCCGAGCGCGGCUACGAACGCGAGCGACCGAUGUACGACCCGCCCGCCCAUAGGCGCGUGCGUUCGUCUCGCGAAGUGAUUGUCCAGCGGGCAGAAGUCGAACGCAGAGAGGGGAGGGAGAGGGAAGCUCGCGAGGGGCGCGACGCGCGAGAGGGGAGAGACGGGCGGGAACGGGGCAGGGAGGGGAGAGAGGGGAGGGAGGGCAGAGGGGAUGAAUGGGCUGAUCCCUGGAUGAGAGCCGAGCCGGCCGCUAGGAGACGCCGACCGCCUUCCUCAGACGACUCGUAUUCAUCAACGAGGUAUGUUGUUCUCUUCAAAUUCCAGUUCGCGCAGUUCGCGAUCGCCCGGCGCUCGACGCAAGCGGAGGGCUUCGUCGUCAUCACGACAGAGGAUGAACUCGAUCCCUAUGGACGCAACAAAAUUUCAAGUUCCAACAGAGAUAGAAAGAAAUACUCGAGAUCAUCUUCAUCUGGAUCAGAUUCUUCGUCGUCGUCCAGCGAGUCUGAGAGCGAGUCUCACUCGUCGUCGUCGUCGGGCAGCUCGGGGGCGCGGCGGGCGAGACACGCGCGGCUAUUGAACGCCGCGGCUAGACCUAGGUUAAAUGCAAAAUCGACUGCUGGUUUAGCGGUCGCAGUAUCUACAGUAACUAGUACGAAAGAUAUGACAAAUGAUAAAGAAUCGAGUGCGAAGAAACGUGGAGCCACAUCGCCAGUAAACGCACCACCCGCCAAGAAAUCUGUCUCGAGACGCGAAGAACUCCUCAAACAACUCAAAGCGGUUGAGGACGCCAUCGCUAGGAAGCGUUCCAAAAUAUAACAUUAUUUCAAAUUAGGAACUAUUUUGUGUGUAGCCAAGCCGGCAGUAGAACUAUUUACUGUUUGUGAGGGCCUUACGGCUGCAUUGCCGAAUUUACAAGGCCUAUAUAUAUAUACACAUUUCGACUUUCCGAUAAUCAGAACGGAAGCUUAUCCCUUUAGCAGAACUGAUGCCGUACAAAUAAGCAUUUAAGUUAAAAAAAAACUUAUCACAUUGACUCUGAUCUGACCCUUGAAUGGAUUAUCAGUAAAACGUCGCUUUAGUAUUAAUUAAUUUUAGUUUAACAUCUAUGUUGUGUAUAUUAUGAUGUUAAUGUGUUGAAAUAUCAACAAUAUCAUCGUGGGUAGUUUGUCAAUGUUUGUUUUAAUGGUUGUUAUUACACCCAUGAAUUGGAUAUUAUCUGAGAAAAGACUAAGUUUGAUAUUUACAAUUUGUUUGUUCAUCCAAGUAAACCUAGAUAGUAGGUUUAUAUAUGAAUGGACAAUUUAGUUGUAGGACAUGGUGAAGAGCAAAGGAUUAAAAAAAAUACUUUUGUAGAAAUA